CGCGCUCGCCUCGCAUCAACGCGGUAGACGCGACGCGUCUUAUUCACUCCUUACUUCCUACCUUGAGGGUCGCAAAGCCGUAUGCUGGUAGCGGCAUCGGUGAAGCGGACGCUGCUGCAGCCGAAGGGCUGGCUCUUCGGAGGCGCCGUCGCCGCCGGGCUGACGGCGGCAGCAUGGCGGUCAGCAGGCGUGAAGGUCACGCCCUUCCGUCAGUUUAGGGCUUCCCCACUAUCGACCAUCUUCUCUGCUUCACUGAACCCGACGAUGGCAAACCUCACACCGCCGCAGUCCCCGCCGCAAUGGACGCACAGCGCGGAGGACAUCAUGCGUUUGACGAAGGAGGCCAUCGAGGUCAAUCGCGCGGAACAGGACAAGGUCGCGGCGCUGAAGGAGGCGGACUGUAACUUCAACUCAGUGUUCCGCGCGCUAGCCGAUGCGGAGACCAAGUUUGACGCGACCACGGAACCCCUCUGCUUCUACCAAAACGUCUCCCCCUCCAAGGAGCUUCGUGAUGCGUCCAAUGAUGCUGAAGGUCUCUGCCGUGAAUUUGGUGUCACCUCGUCUAUGCGCUUGGACGUUUUCCAGGCGAAAGCGGCCGCGGAGAAGAACCUCAAAUCGUCUGGCGAAUACGACAAGCUCUCCCCAGAAGACAAGCGCCUCGUCGACAAGAUGGUCCUCGAUGGCAAGCGGGCUGGCCUGGCUUUACCCGAAGACAAACGCGACGCCCUCAUGAGCCUCAAGAAGGAGCUAUCGCAGACCUGCCUGCAGUUCAGCAAAAACUUCAACGAGGAGAACGAGGUCAUCUCGUUCACCGAAGAGGAACUCAAGGGCGUGCCGAAGGAUGUCGUCUCUGGGUACAAGAAGCGCACCGAGGGCGACAAGACGGUCUACGACGUGACAUACAAGACCCCGGAUAUCUUCCCUGUGUUCAAGUUCGCGGAGAACCCGACGACCCGGCAACGCGCGCAAGAAGGACACGAGUCUCGGCUGGCUGUCAAUGUCCCGCUGCUCGACAAGGCGCUCGAGCUGCGUCGGAAGAUCGCUGAUAUCCUUGGGUACCCUACUUGGGCGGACUACAUAACUGAGCAGAAGAUGAUCAAGAACGCGCGCGGUGUUGUCGAUUUCCUUGGUGACCUCGAGCAGAAGCUGCGUCCCGUCGGUCUGAAGGAUCGCGAGACGCUCUUGGCCAUGAAGCAGAAGGAGCACCAGGAAAAGGGCCUGCCCUUCGACGGCGAGUUUUACAUCUGGGACUACCGGUACUACGACCGCAAGUACAUCGAGGAGACCCUCGAUCUUGACGACAUGCUUGUCAAGGAGUACUUCCCCGUCUCCGUCGUCGUACCCACCAUCCUCGAGAUCUACCAGAACCUCCUCAACGUCCAGUUCGUCGAGAUAAAGAACGACAAGACGUGGCAUCCAGAGGUCCAGCAAUUCUCCGUCUGGGAGAAGGACUCCAAGGACGAGUCCGGCUUCGUUGGCUACUGCUACCUCGACCUCUUCCCGCGCGAGUCAAAGUACUCGCACGCGGCGGUCUGGCCAUUGCUCAGCGGCUACGAGAAGGCGGACGGCUCGAGGAGCUACCCCCUCGCGGCGAUGGUGGCGAACUUGGCGAAGCCGACGCCGGACAAGCCUGCGCUUAUGCGUCAUGAUGAUGUUGUCACGUUCUUCCACGAGAUGGGCCACGUCUUCCACGGACUGUUAUCGCGCACGAAGUAUGCACGGUUCCAUGGGACCAGCGUCGCACGCGAUUUCGUAGAAGCGCCGUCGCAGAUGUUGGAGAACUGGUGCUGGGAGCCGCGCGUUUUGGAGAAGAUGUCGAGCCACUACGAGACAAAGAAGCCUUUGUCGGCGGAGCUCAUUGAGAAGAUCAUCAAGAGUCGCUACGUCAACAUCGGCCUCUUCGACCUCCGCCAGCUGUUCUUCGCCAACUUCGACAUCAAGGUGCACAUGGCUAAGGAGUCGCAAGACCACACUGCGCUCUGGAACAACCUUCGCGAGCAGAUCUCGCUCGUGAAGUCCGGCAAGCCGUGCCCUGGCCAGGGCACCUUCGGCCACAUCACGGGUGGCUACGAUGCUGGCUACUACGGCUACAUGUACUCCUUGGUGUAUGCGGCGGAUAUGUAUGCAACGGUCUUCAAGGCUGACCCUCUGGACCCGGCACGCGGGAAGAAGUACCGCGACUGCAUCCUCAGACCAGGAGGCAGCAGGGAGGAGAUGGACUCGUUGAAGGAAUUCCUGGGCCGCCCACCGAACAGCGAUGCCUUCUUGAAGGAGCUGUUCGGGGAUGCUGCGCAGUCUAGUCUAUAGCGGCGAAGUCGAGGGUACCGACGAGUAGCCAAAUCAAUGUUUACUAGUAGCACGGUGUGUAGGAGCCAUAAUCGAAAGCAACACUGACACCUCUCAA